GAAUGUAGAAGAAGAAGAAAAAGAGGAAGACAAGUGUUCUGGAUCUGGGUGUCAGGAACAGAGUCCUUCAUUGAAAACAGAGCUAGAUUUAGGGAGGAGAGCAGAGAUCUGUGUGGGCUGAGACACAAUCCAGUUCAGUACCAAGUAGUUUUAAGUACAGCUAGUGUCUGAAAUGUUGUCACACUCAGGAUCAGGUCUCAGGUGUUGGGACAGGUGUUGGUCAGUGUGUUUCUUUCAGGUUUCACAUCAGUCAGUGUUUUUCUAGAUGACCUGGUUGGAAAGAAGUUGCUCCUUAGACUUUAAGGGCUCUGCAGUUCUGGUUAUGAUUCUGUACCACCUUCAAAACCUCCAAACCAACAUGGGAACACCUGAGGCACAGCACGUGAGGUAACAGGAGCAUGAUGUAUAAAUACAUGUGUGAAAGUUGUUACCUGAGCAGAUGAACUGAGCUUGAAACAUGUUUUAUUUUAAGGAUAAACGAAAGUGAGGGGAAUUAAAAAUACAGAGAGAACUAUCUCAGAAUUAUGAGAAUAAACAUGUUCUGGCCUGUUUAUCUGAAUAGACCAGAUAAGUAUCUCCUUAAUUUAGAGAAAAGAAGGACAGAAGUCUGUAUUUAUGAAUAGUGAAAAGUUCAUAAAUCUGAGAUAAUUCACUUAAUUCAUAAAACCUUUUUUUCCCCUUCAAGUUCUGUAGAGUGGGGACUGUGUCGCUCUCUGCGCAACACUCAAAUGUAAAAGUUAUGAAAUAUGUGAAAAAUUGAGUGCUGCUGAAAUAUGAUUGGAUUAAUGAUCAUAUUUAAACAUGAUGUUGAAAUAAUUCCUGCUAUAGAAAACACAUUUUCUCUCCUGAUGUUGAGACUUUAUAUGUGGUCAAUUCUGUAACUUGUUACGCAGCUGAAACCUGCUCAGAUCCUCUGUUGAGUCUAUCACAGGCUGUUUCUGAGAGUCUAAUAAGAGGAAAACACGAUUUUCACUUCUUUAUAUAACUUAUAACUUUGGAGAAGUGCUGAAAAGUGAAUCAUAUUCAACCUCAAUUAUGAUCAUAAUAUUCUAGUUAACUACAAACUGAUUUUAAAUUUCUCCGGCACAGGAUGUGAUAUCAUCAAAAAUCUGAUUCAGUUUCUCUUGUAAGAAAAAAAGGAAAACACAAGGUUAUUUUUAGAGACGGUGUCCUCCCUGUUUCUCCUCUAGUAGACUCCUCCUGCUCUUUUUCUUUACGCCUACUUUUUCAAAACUGUUCAGAGGGAGGAGAGUUUAAGAUCUACCUGUAAGAUACUGUGGAUUUACAAUCUACUCCCAGGAACCACCUCUUAGCCUGCAGGUUUAUCCAGACCAACCCUCAUGUACGGGGGUCAAAGCCCAACCUGAUCUCUGAGUUUUAGUUCCACUCAGCUGCUGGCAGUCCCUCCUACAGGAAAAACAGAGAGAGAGAGUUUCCAGUUUCACUACAGCGGAGGAGGAGACACAAGCGCAAACAACCACAGUGGGGAGACUACAGAAACUACAAGGAAACAGCAAAAAGAAGACCAAAGAGAGACCAAGGAGGGACGACAGAGAGACCAAAGAGGGACUACAGAGAGACUACAAAGAGACCAAAGAGGGACUACAGAGAGACCUAAGAGGGACUACAGGGAGACUACAGACAAGCUGUAGAGGGACUACAGGGAGACGACAGAGAGACUUCAAGGAAACAACAGAGAGAUCCAAAUCGGUUUGUUUCUUCAUUCCCCUAUAGAGUCAAAAACAGAUUAGAGUGUGAUGUGUAAACUGAGAUCUGUGUGUGUUUGUGGUUGUGUGUCAACACUGAGGUAAACUGUGAGGUAAAGACACUGAACAAACACUCGGCUGUUGAGAUCAGUUUUUCCAGAAAGAAGUCCACCAGUUUAGUUAAGUUAGGUUAGUCUAGUUAAGUUUAGGGUUUUAUGUGAUUAGAAACAGAAGUGUUACCAGCUGCUAUGUUGUCCUGUUUGUCUCCCUCACCCUGAAUAACCUGUUUGUAUAUGAAACCCCCUUCUUAUUUGCUGUCAUGUUAACAUCUGCAGCAGACUGAAGGCUGCAGGUGUUUGUGUUUGUCAGUCUCAGUUGGCUUUAUGAGUGUGCGUGUGGUAGCCUAUCUCUAUGGUGGCAACAGAGAACAUUUCACUUGAGGCUAAAACGGUUAAAAAUAAAGGGCAAAAAUACCUCAUGAAACACAACAAAGUUUUACUGAAAAAACUGUCUCUCAAGACAAAAGAUGUUUCAUGAAAAACAAAAACUGUGAAAGCAUUUUCAAAAUUUCUCAUUUUACUAACAGUGAAAGCACUUAUUGAACUGUAUGAACGUUUCACAAACAAAAUGAAGACAUCGGACUGAAGAGCAAAACGUGGCGCUGUCAGACAGCUGUCUGAACCAAUCACAGUCAGAUUUUGUUUGAUGAUAUCACAAGAGCCCCUUUCAGCUUAUUCUUAAACAACCAAGAUGGCAGCCUCUGUCGCUGAGAGGUCUGAUGAAUCUGUAUUGAUGUUUUUUUUAAUAGAAAAAGACCAAAAGCUGCUAGUUUCCAUCGGCCUUUUGUGUGCAACCAUUGCUGCCCCUCUCUCAUCAUGAAAAUGUUGUGAAUUGAUCUGAAUCAAACUAAUUUCUAAAUGUGAUGACGCCGUGCCACAAAAUUCCACCAAAAAUGCUAAAAUUCGUCAUGAAAAAAUAAAACUUUUUUUUUUAACAAAUGCAAAACUAUAUCAAAUGCAGAACCAGUUACUGUUUUGUGAAACAAUUUUAUGAAAUGCACAACUAUGCACAACUAAAUUAACACAUUUAAUAAAAAAACGAGACAACCCCCCCCCAAAAAAUAAAUAAAUAAAAUAAGAUUAAAUUAAAUUAAAUAAUAAAAAAAAAAGUUUACAUGUCAUGAAAUCUCAUGUUUUGAAACCUGAAAUGUUCAAGGAAAAGGAUCACACUUAAUCUUCUUUUUUGUAUGUUUUGAAUUGUUUUCUGGUGUUUGGUGAAAUGUUUGUGCGGUGGACCUUCAGGGCCACCAUACUCCCCUGAUUGUGUCAGGUUUAACUUGAGGCCCAGUAAAAAUCCUGUCCGGGACAACUCUCAUUCCCUCAGAAUGACUCUGGUUUCUGAAUUUAGCAGACAGUUACAGCUGUGUUUGACGGUCUCCUGUCACUGACGAUCACAGAGACUUUGACGUAGAGAUGUAAAUAAACUCAAACUACUCUGAUAAGUUAUUAAUGUCACUUUCAGGAAACAAAAUGUUGAAAUUCUGUUUUCAGUACUCAGACUGUUUUAGUAUGAAUUGGAGGAAUAAGUAAGGAUAUGUGUCUCUUAUUUCUAUGUAACCUUUUACUCAUAAAGAUCAGAGGCAAUGUAGUCCAGUCACCAAACAUCUGAGUCUUAAGAGUUUAAGUUGAGCCACCAUCACCAAGGGAGGAUCUGUUAGACUCACUUGUCAGGUGACAUCAAGACCAUAAAGUAAAAUCAUAUCAUAUAUACAUUAAAUAUGAUAAGCUGUUUUCCUGACAAAAUAUCACUUAGAGACUGUCAGCGAACUCCCUCCCACGCCUUUCAGCUUAAAGUCAUUCUCAGAAUUUGAGGAAAUGAUCUACGAUCACAUGAACUAAACAGGAAGUUCUUCAGAGAGAGCUGAGUCAGAAAUAACGCAGUGAUACCCAAGAGUGAAGAGGGCUGGGUUUUUCCUGCUGUUGAUGUUUAACCCUUUAAAUUACUCAGUAUAGAGCUGUGGAGGUCACUUUAUUGAUCCCAACAAACACAAAGGACUCUUCUGACGGUGAGAUUAGUUAAUCAGUUGUGAAAUGUAAAACAAGAUCAAAUCCACACUCUCAGCUUAGACAGAAAUGAGUAUUAUACACAGCAGAUACUUAAAUCUGACAGUAAUCAAGUAGAUAUAAACUCAUGAUAUAAACUUACCAAAUGUAGCAGAUGCAUACAAAGUGAAACACAUUUACGAGCUCUAGCACUAAUACCUUUGAACUAUUAUACUGGAAAUACUUAAGUUAAGCCCCAGGACUGGGUUUUACCUCCACACUAGAUCUCAGAUUGGUCAAGUCAAGACCUACAAAAAGGCCAUGGUGUUUGUCAGUCAGCUGUUUGAACCAUUUACAGGCUCCAUUCUUGAAAUAGUUCCUCAUCUGAUAUUGAUCUGAUCCCCCCCAAAUUAAGUUAACAUGUUGUAAACACACUGAACGUUAAAGUUGGUAAAAGGGCGUGAUUGUGAUUUAAGGCCAAAGUUUAGGACAAUUUGUGAAAACAGAAUUUGAUGUUACUCCAUGAACAUCAUUCAAUCAUCUUUAAAUGUUUACAUAUGAUAGAUGUCCCAGCCUGACCACACCAUGCAAAUAUUUGCCUACAGUCAUUGUGCCCCCUCCUUUUCCUGUACCCCUCCCACCCUGUUAAUGUGGAUAGUAGAGCCAUUAGACCCUCAAGAUGCUUUACUGUGAAAACUGUGAAAGGAUGCUUUUCUGGUGGUGCAUUUGAGUUUGAUACUUAGCCAUGACACAAUAGUUUGAUCUAACACCUUUAUACAAUGUUCAGUCUGCCUCAGACAGCUUGGACACUAACUUGUGUCAUUUUACCACCUCUAGUCAAAGCACCACCUGGUGGGAAGGGGCAACAAUAACAUAAACACAACACUUGAUCAUCACCAAAUAGAACAUAGAUCAUCUGACAGCCAGUGUCAUGAUCUCAAAUAUGAGAAAAAUGUGUUUGUUGAUGACACACUAAUCAUAGAUAUUCCUUCAGAUCCUGUUUUUUUUUUUUUUUUACAUUAGGUCAAAGUUUUCCUGCAGCUGUGCAUCAUGAGGUCUUCAUCCCUCCUCCUCUUCCUCUCCUUCCUCCUUGGAGUGUGUGAAGUUCAAGGAGCUGAGAAAAAAGAAGACUUCAGGAUCUGUGCAUUUAACCUUCAUCACUAUGGAGAAUCAAAGUCAAAGAAGAGCAACGUCAUGCACACGCUCUCCAGGGUGAGACAGCUAUGAUCGCUCAUUUCAAGUUCAGUUACUUUAUGUUACUGUGACAUUAUUCAGUGUAUAAUGAUGAAUAAACAUGGUGCUCUGUAAACAUCUGUAUCAGGACAAAUACUCAGAGUCAAAAUGUGUGCCUCAGAAACACCUUUUUGUUUUAGGUCACAGUUUGAUGUGACACCUGAAGACAGCUGAUGAAAACUAACAGUAGAAAACCACAAAUUCAGUUUGUCGCAAAGUAAGAGAUUUUUUCAGGAUUUUCACCAACAGUUCCCACCUGAACUAUACUCAGAGACUUUUCUGGAUCUUCUUUGCAGAGAGAAACUUUCACAGACUGAUUAAUAAUUGAAGAGAAAAAUCAUUGACCAAGUUAACUAAGGCUGGCCCUGCUGAGUCUGCUGCUUUUUCAGACCUUUUCUCUGACUGAAUCAUCAAGUUUGGUGAGGUUGAGAGGAGAAAUCCAAACUACAGAUGCUACAAGGACAGACUCUGCAGUAGAGACAGAGAUGAUCUGUAACACCUGCAGAAGUUUUAUAAACUAUAACAAGAACUCUGAGAGAGACUCUAACAAGCAGAGACACAAAAAUCACCCUCAUACCCAGCAUGCAACUUUAAUUUUUCCCUUGUUGUAUCAAAAUGUAAAAUCAAUCUUUACUGUUUCCUGUUUCAGAUCAUCUCUCGCUGUGACAUCACUUUGCUCCAAGAAGUCAGAGACAGUAAAGAGAAAGCUAUACCCGUGCUGAUGGACCGACUCAACAGGUCAGAAAUCACAGUCAGACACACAUGAAUGGGGUGCGAAAGUUAGGGCAAAUUAAAGGUCUCACAGAGCUCGAAACAAGGUCAGAAAAAAAGGCGUCAGACAAACUAACACAAGAUAAGCUCUGGACUAAACCACCUCAGAAAAAAACAAAAAAAAAAAAACAAAACAAAACUUGUUCUGUCACAGGCACAUCUCCAGAUAAGAAGGUGCAGAAAAACCAGCUUCAAACAAAACAACAUCACCUGCCUCAGACAUCACUCUAGACAAAACUGUUUUCUUGGAUGUUAAAAAAUACUGCAUUAAAUGAAAUAACGUCAGAAAUCACAGAUUGGACUAUUGUCUGUGCUGCUGUUGCAUCCUGAUGACUGUCGUAGUUUUCCUCUCUCUGCUGUGUAAAAUCAAUGACAGUUUAUGAACCGUGGAAGAUAAAAUAAAACAGAUAAAUAUGUAUUUAUUUUGACUCAUGACUAAGGUUUUCUGAUGUUUUAAAUCUGAGGUCUUCCUCUUGACUCAUAUGAACUCUUAACAGAUGUCUUUCUGUUCACCUUCAUCUCCUCUCACAGAUUUAUUGAUAGGUGUGUUUUUCUUGAAGGUAUGAUACGGCGCACCAGUACAGCUUUGUGGCCAGUGAGAGACUCGGCAGGUCAGAAUCUUACCAGGAGCAGUAUGUGUUUGUCUACAGGUGAGUUUACCUUUCUUUGUUCAGGGCUGUGUCUUUGUGUUUUUGAGGGGUGAGCCCCAGUGCUAGGAUAAAAUAUAGACAUUAGAGUCUGUUUUUAUGACUAUGUACAGAGCAGAUGGUGAGUCUGACUCUAACUUCACACACCUUGACUGCAGCACUGAAGAAAGAACCCUGAAUCCUAGGAGGAGGAGGACCUGCAUGGAUGCCAUCAGAUGCAGAUCACCCCUGUUGUUAAAGUUGUUUCAGGAGCAAAUAUGAACCCUUCUUUAGAAGCUGCAGGAAGGACUCAGGCUGAAGGAUGACAACCUGUUAAAUGUGCAGGCAGAGAAAAACUUAACCUUGAUUAUAUGGGACCUUUAAAGGAGGGCAUCAGUCACUCCUGACCACCCCUUUCAGCAUGCCCCUGUUUAUGUCUGAUUUCUACAGCUUGAUAAAGUGAAAUGGAGAGACAGUCAUAAAAUAUAACCAGGCUGAAUGUGUGUGUGUUUGUAGGUCUGACACAGUCUCAGUCACAGGUCAGUAUCAGUAUCCAGAUAAUCGACGUGGAAAAGAGGACGUCUUCUCCAGAGAACCUUUUGUUGUUCGUUUCAAAGCUCCAAAAACAGGUGGGUUCUCUCGUUCUGAGGGUCAGAAGCACCAUAGUGAUGAUAUAAAUGAUAAUGUCAGCAGGAUAAUGUCAUAAAUCCUUCCCUCUCCCUUUUUUAUUUUUAGAGAUAAAAGAGUUUGUGCUCAUACCUCAGCACACGUCUCCGGAGAACACCACCCAGGAGCUGGACGCUCUGUACGACGUCCUGCAGCAGGUGAUAAGGAUGUGGAGGACCGAGGUACAGACUCCCACUGCUGAGCUACAACACUUUAAAACACCUGGGUGGCCUUUAACCUCUGUUUGUGUUUGUGUGUGUGUGAGCAGAACGUGAUGCUCCUCGGAGACUUCAACGCUGACUGUGGUUACCUGGCGAAGAAGAACAGGAAGCUUGUUCGUCUGAUCACAGAGAAAAAACUCUACUGGCUCAUUCCUGAAAAAGUCGACACCACAGUGAGAGAGUCCACGUCCUGCACCUACGACAGGUGAGCUCACACCCCUCAGAGGGUUUUUAUAGUUUACUAGGUGAGUAUAAAGAUGGGUAACAGGUCUGCACCCCCCCAGGGUGAAGUUUGGGGGGUUACUUUCAAUUUGUACAGAAAAAAAGAGUUAAAGUGACAUCUGCUGGCUUGUAUAACUCUCUUCAGUGAUGGUCUGAGGCUCCAGUACACGUCUCUGAAAACAGCCAGAGAAGCUUGUGGGUAAUAGAAUAAAACCAUCUGUGUAUCCACCAACUCUUGCUUGGAUGUAUUAAAUAACUGGUGCAACUUUAAAUUAUAAUCUAUGUUUAAUCAGAAAGCUUUAGGAUUUAUUCCUUUUAUUUGUAAGUGUUGAACAUGAGUAAAAAUGUUCGGUAGCUGGAUGAACAUCGUACUUGAUUUCUUAAUUGCACGAUCAGUUUAAACACCAGACUUUAAACUGUCACGCUUAAGCUGCGGCACUUUGAUUUGUGUUGAUCUUGGCGCCCCCCUGUGGACAAAAAUGUACAUCUCUUCUUUUAGUUAAUCUUGUCCUGUACAUACCGAGGAAAAGACCUGAUCCUGCUGUCUCUUAAUUGUUAAAUGCAUCUGUCUACUAUUGUUAAUAUUCACUGUUGAACGUGUUAGGAAAGACUGUUUUCUUUACAGUUGUUUCAGGCAUUACUAUUGGGAAUGUACAACACUACUAGUUCCUGUGAAAUGGUCUUGUUUGCUUUACUAAGUCAUAGAAAGCAUCAUUCCCAGUUUCAAUCUUUUUAAAACUCAUACAAACUCCCCACAGAUGUUUUAAUGUCAGUUUUUGGGGUGAUCAUUGAUUGGAUUAUGGUGUUUGAGCUCUGUCCCAUCUGUUUACAUGGAGGAGGCGGGCUUUCUAUACUGCAGCCAGCCAGUAGGAGGAGCUCUAAACACUUUGGCAUCACAUUUUGGGAUCUGUCAUGCCAUCCAUAUUUGAUAGAGUCUGUAAACUGCACUGUUGUUUCCUCUCGGACAGCUGCAGACUGUUAUUGCAUCACUGAUGAAAUAUCCACAGACGUCUGAGACUUUAAAGCAGCUGGUGCUAAACUUUUUAACAUCCUCAUCUUUAAAUGAUAAAUAUAUGAAAAUACAGUGAACUUUGUUCUGUUUGUUUUGCACUCAGGAUUGUUGUGCAUGGGGAGACCUUUGCCAGAGCUGUCGUGCCUCUUUCUGCCAAACCAUUCAACUUCCAGAGAGAGUAUCGACUCACGGAGGAGCAGGUAAAAACCUGCGCAGUGUGACUGAAAUCAGAUACCGAACAUGCAUGAAAAUAUCCUGCUGUGUAAGUCAGUUCAAAUGUGUCAUUGUGUGUCUUUGUUCAGGCUCUGGAGAUCAGCGAUCAUUACCCGGUGCAGGUCUCGCUGAAGAGCAACAGCUCACCCCGUAGUGGAGGCAUGAAGGAGAGCGUGCAUCACUUAUUGUCUCUGUUAGCGCUCAGCCAUCUCAUUUUAAACAUAUUAACACGGUAGUUACUGUGUCCUUUUUAUAGUUUGUUUUUUUAGAUAACAGUGUGAGUAAAAUCUCUCUCCAUAAUUUAAAGACUCAUCAAAACGUGGAGCCAAACUCUCCAAAAAUAUCAGAUUAUCACUCCACAGCAUCAGCUCCAUGUGCUGGUUUCAGGGUAUGGAUGUGAAAUAGAGAAUUUUUGAUUUUUGACUUCAUGUAUUUAUAAUUUUUUUAUAUACAUCAUCCUGUGUUUGUUUGUGUCAGUCUGAUUAUUGUAAGUUUCAAAAGAGACUCAAAAAGUUAUUAGAUUUUUAAAAAUGAAAGUUAAGGCCUGAGGAAACAAAUGAAUGUAUCCAGAUAGUGUUUGUUAUGGCUGUGAGGAGCAAAUUAUUACAUAAUUAUUCUUUGAAAUGGUGCUGAAACAAAGAAGGAGAGUUUAAAUGAGAAACUUUGCACUUUGUAAAUACUUAAUCUGACAUUUAGAUGGAAUAAUGUGUAAAAUAAAUUUGUCAUGUAAAUCCUAA